AAUUUCUGUGUCGGCUGCUCUGCCCGAAGUGGCCGAAGUUCGCCGAGUUGGAACGUCUCUAUUUAUUCGGUGGUGAUUUGUGGUGCAUUAGUUAAGUUUAGUUUAUUUAGCGAAGAAUGAACGCUGCUGUCCACCCGGCUUUGAGCGAUGACGACGAAGAGCUGGACCUUUCAGAAAUCGACAUUUUCGUGAGAAGGCCCAUAGAGCCGAAGGGGUCACCGACUCGAACUUCUUCGGGCUCUUCCAAAUUUCUGUCGCAGACCUCGUCGGCACCAUUAUACGUGCGCCCCGAUCUACGAAUGAGGUUCCAAGAGGCAAGCGGAGAGGCCAGUCAGCUGCGCGAAAGGACGGCCGCCCUGAGCAGAAGAACCGAGCAGCGCAGGCGGUGUAGGCUCAGGAAGAGGCUCGCCAGGGAAGCGAACGCUGCUCCGGAAGGCACCACUCAAACUGAGAGCUCGGACUGGUUCGGAGUGAGGGAGUUCCUCACCGUGAACGACCACUUGGCCGGACCAGUGUCCCACGGAGACUGCGGCCCCAAGACAGAGCUGGAGAGUCUGGUGGACGCAGCCAUUGCAGAAGGGGACCUGGAUAGGGCCGAGAUGCUCAGCAAUCACCUGGCCGACCGACAGUUUGCUGUGAAGAUUGCCAAUGCCUUUGCUGCCAAGCGCUUUGCUGAGGAACAGAAAGCGAAGAAGCUGAAAGAGUAUGUGAAGAGGCAGAGGAAGUUACCGUGGGGGUUUGAAGCGAAGGAGAGGUGGCAGAUGAAGGGGAACAUGUGACACUGCCCGGAGACGUUCUGGAGCUGCCUGGAAUGGUUUCCAGUUGAAAAUAAAGCCUACUUCGCUCUGGGCACCCAAAAUGGUGCCAAACUCGUCGGGGGAGCGAUGCUGGGUGUA